AUGUCGCAAUUCCUGUCCAUUAUAGGGUGGUCCUUCCUCCCAAACAUCGCAACCUCUUGGAUCCAGACCAUCUACUAUGGCCUCACCAUCCGUGCCGGCGAUCCCAAGCCCCAACCCGGCAGCCCGCGAUUCAAUCACCAUCGCCGCAACAUCCACAUCCUCGUCAUAGCCAUCUACCUCUCCUACACCAUCUACGAGGCCGACUUCGACCUCCGCCGCCAAGGCUCCUUCUACACCGAUCUAGGCGUACCCUUUUCCGCCACCGAUCGCGACAUCAAGUCCCGUUUCCGCCGUCUCGCCGCGCUUCAUCACCCCGACAAGACGGGCAGCGACGCCUCCGACUCGGCCUCCUACUUCAUCCACCUCAAGGCUGCUAGCGACACCUUGCAAGAUGCCGCGAAGCGCUUCGCCUACGAGCGCUUCGGACCGGAGACUGUAGCGUGGCAAAAGUGCGUCACGGUGAAGGACUACGUCUCGCGGGGUGUCUUUUCAGGAAUCCUGCCGCACUAUGCUGUUGCCGCAGGGUCAAUUUACAUCUUGGGGCUGCUGGGAUACAUGGACUUUGGAAAGUUUUACCGAUGGUUGAUAUUGGUGACCCUGUGCGUCUUCGAGAUUCAAGCUGUUACGCGACCGAGUUUUCCAUCGUUGCUGGAUGGCCUCAACUUCCUCUUCUCCAAGACGGCUACUCACCCGCCGUAUCUGCCGUUUCAACUUAUACAGCUUGCGCGCAAACUCACCAUCACCAUCUACAUUGCCCUGUCACAGAUCGGUCCGCUCAUUUCGCCAUCGAGGAGAUCCAUCGAUGACGAGGACGAGCUACUCGUGCAGGGCUUGAACCGCCUUGAAGCAAUCACGGGCCAGUUCGAUGCCGACUCAACGAGGCUAAUGGAGAUGGAGAUGACGCCAUUCAAGGGGGAUGCAGAGGCGACAUCCAAUCUACAGGGAAAGAUGAGAGAGUGGUUGGUUCAGAACACAAUUCGUGCUGACCCCAUGGUUCGUGAUGCCAUGGGCACUUCGCUGAGAAAGCGACGUGUUGAUGUUCCUGCUGGCGCCAAGGGCAAUCGAUAG